GCCGGGUCGAGCGCGGUCCUCGGGUUGUAGCGGGGUGGGGCGCGCCGCUGGCAACAUCUGGGCACCCCUCGUGCGCACAGGUCUCAGUUUCCCCGUCUGCGCGGUGGACGCGCGGGCGGCGCCGUGGGCCGAGUCUGGAUCCGAGGCGCGGGAGUUGGGGCCGCCUGUGUUCAGGCUAUGCCGUGUCUCCCGGAAUCGGGCGUUGACCUGCUUGGGCCUCAGUUUCCCGCUUCACAGGGGCGGGGCAUGAGGGGAUUUGUGAACCCCGCCCCGCCUCGCGGGUUUUGCUGAGCUUGGGCAGCCAAAUUAAAUUCUGUUAAAUGACUUGGGUGGAGUUGCGGCGCCUCUCCGUAUUGGUGUGUGACCUGAGCCCACCCCUGGGAGCCUUUGGUGCCCUCGGAGAUGCCCUUGUAGGGGAGACUGGGGAUUAAAUGAAGUGCUCUAUAAGUGUUUGUUCUGUAUUCUUGGAAGCACUAGGGAGGCCCUCAUUAGAAUACUGAUUCCCGGGCCCUGUCCUAGGAUUUCUUCACACUCUACUUGGAGAAACUGACUGCUCCGAGCCCAGCACCUCUUAGCACUAUUGGUUUUAGUCCCCACAGACAGCAUUGUGAGAUUCAGAUUCUUUGUUAUACCCAUUUUCUGGGUGAGAAAAUGGAUCUAGGAAGUGAGGUGACUCUCCCAAGGUCACACAGUCUCCCUCUCUGCGUGUGUCCCCCGUAAAUAUAUUUGGAGCAGGGAUCAGAGCCCAUGCUGGGUCAUUUCCACUCUGUAUGUGUAUGUUAGGGAAGGCUUCCUGUGAGAGGCAGCUGGUGGGGGAGUGUGCCUUGAAUCCCUCAGCCCUCACAUCUGGGAGCCAGAGACAGGAAAGAGCCCAUCUUUGUAGCAGAACCAUUUCCCACAGGUCCAAAUCCUGCACCUGCCAGGCUCUAGCUGUGGGCUUCCCGCCACAUUCUGUCCUGUGAGAGCCCAAGUGUCCUCUUUAUACAUGAUCGUCUUUGGAAAUGUGGAGGGUGUGGGUGUCCAUGCCUGGCACAUAGAAGGAGCUCAAACAUGGUGAUUGGGGAGGUGGUGGAUUUCGUCAGGUGUGGCAGUUUAUCUCCAGAAGGCACGUAAUGGCUGCAAACUGAUAGCCAGAUUCUGGGCAUAAAUAGAUACGUACUCUUGGCCUCUAUGGUGUUGGGGUAAGAAAAAUAUUAGUUGCUAACAUUUGUAAAUGAGGCGAUUUCACAGGAAAAAGAAAUCCAUAUUUCAGGUUUAUUUCUGGAAACAAUCAGAAGUCUGGCAGGAAUCAGGUGCUGCAAGAAGCAGCUGUCCUGUCACAGGCAGCGGAGGAGGAGGAAGAGAUGGACCCCCCGGACUCGGCCUCGAGGGUCUUCUGUAGCCGCAUCCUGAGCAUGGUGAAUGCGGACGAUGUCAACGCCAUCAUCCUGGCCCAGAAGAACAUGCUGGACCGCUUUGAGAAGACAAACGAGAUGCUGCUCAACUUCAACAACCUGUCAAGUGCCCGCCUGCAGCAGAUGAGCGAGCGCUUUCUGCACCACACAAGGACCCUGGUGGAGAUGAAACGGGACCUGGACAGCAUCUUCCGCAGGAUCAGGACUUCUCUCAAGAGGAAAAUGAGAUUGCCAGGUUUUGCGGGUCCUUCUCAAGCUGGUUUCCAUGAGGACAGAGAAAGACGAUGUCCAAGUCCCCAGCCACAUAGAAUGCUUGACACGGCCCCCGGAGCGCCUAUCACCACUACUGCCGUUAACAACUGCUGCUGGGGCGCCGAGGCCUGGAACAAGCUGGCACUACAGCUGUAUUUCUGGCUGACUGUGCCGCUUCUUCUUUUCCGGGGGCAGCCGCAUCUGCUGGCAGAGCAGGUGCCACAGAUUGAGGGCAACAUGUUUCCUUGGAGCAUGCUCUGUGCAGAAAUCACAAGACAGGCCGGAUAAAUCCUUUAUCAAAGCGUAUCUUUUCUGGGGCAUCUCACCAGGCUGGUUGCCCACGUGUGGUGUUGCAGGGGUGGGAGUAGAGUAGGAACCACAAGGGUUGACACCUUUUGUGUGUAUCUGUGUCACUCAGGAAGGAGAUAAGUGUGUCCACCCAGGCAGGGAUGCAGCAGCAGUGGUACUUUGGGGGGGACAGUGCUCGCUGGCCAUAGUCAAGGGUGAGAGACCGCUCUGAAGAGCCUUUUGUAAUUCUUUGUAAACAGAACUGCGUUACUUCAGGUAAAAAGGAAAAACCAGGUUAAAAAGGGAAGCAGGUGCUUCUCUGUGAAGCUCAGUUUAGUGAGUGCCAGUGUUCGGUGUUUGGGGUGUGGAUAGUCAACACUCCUGGCCCCCACAGACAUCCUCACCCCGGGGAUGGAGAGACAGGCUAGGACAAGUCACCCAGAGGAGUGCCUGUUGAGGCAAGGGGAAGGGAAGCUUCCUGGAAGGUUGUCCCGGUAGAAGAGGUUUAGACAUGAGGCAUUGCAGGUAGAGGGCCCAGCCGGCACGCAGAGCCAGCACCAAGGACACGCAGAAGUUGGGUGACAGCUGGGUAGCUGCCAUCCGUCCUGGGGGUGGGAGGUCCGCUGGCUGAGCGCCCAGUCCUACCUCCAGCCCUGGAGCAGAGUAUGACAAGCAGUGACGGGGAGGUUCCUGGCCUGCACCGGGCCCAGCCUGCACACUCUGCAGGUUCAGCCCUGUGUGCCUUCCCU